UUCUAACCUACGUUUAUUUAAAAAUAUUUGAAAACAAUAAAGUGUAUAUUUUGGCCGGUUGAAAGAAUAAUUUGAGAUAAGGAAAACAAAAAAAAUGGCAAAUCAUAGUAUGAUAGAAAAUAUAGCGAAGCGUCUCAAUGUGGACGAUGCCUAUUGUAUAAAAAAAUGCCAGGAGUUCCUGAGGAUUUUACAGGCCAAAAAUACACUGAAAAUGUCUGAACAAGUACAAAUCAUAAUUUGCCUUGAUUUAGCAACUUCUAUUACUGGAAGUGCUUUCGAUAAGGAAACUGCACUUCAACUUUGUUCUUUCAAAAAAUCGGUCUAUGAAAAUAACUUUCAUAAUAUUCAAAAGAUCCUAGACCUUGAUAAACCAAUAAGCAUUAACGAACUUUGUGUCAAAUUCAGCUGCACCCACUUGAAGGGGGAAGCUGAAAAAUUGUAUUCUUGUUACAAACAGAAGGAUCCGAAGAUCAAAGAUGAUGAACACCCCCAAUAUGCAGCAGCAGCUGUUUACACUGUAUGCAAAUUGAACAAUUUGAAACCUUCAAAAUCAGAAUUUUCCUCCAUUAGUCGUUUGAGACCAAAUCAAUGGGGAGCUAUCGUAAAUGAAUUCGAAAAGUUUGCUGCUUCUAUGGGUGUUGAAUUGAAGAAACUUCCAUCUAAGAAAAAAAAUUACGUAGAAGAAAUUUUAGUAAACAAAGAAUCAAGUCCAUCUAAAAAGAUGAAAGAGGAGCAGAAGAAGCCAAAUAUAGAAGAAUAUGAAGUUUGGAAGAAGAGAAUAUUGCAAAUUGCUAAAGAAUCUCUAAGGAAUGAAAGUGAAAAAGUUUAAUACACUGAAUGCUUUUGAUCUAAUAUUUUGUUUUGUAUAUCCAUUUUUCGGUAGUAAAAUUUUAUUAUAA